UCUAAAUGUAAAGUCAGAAACACACACCAGACCAUUUGCAGAUGUACAGUCUCCACCCAGUCUCUAAGUAAUUUCUCUAUAGCAGCAUUAAUGCCUUAACACUCAAACAAGUUACAUUCCCAGGCACCAAAGCAGAAGCGGAUGUUCAUUCCUCUCUGACUGAUGACUACCUACCAAAGAAACCUUGCAGCCAAUCGGAUCCUCAAAUCCCUUAUGGCGUCACCGUGGGCCUCCCGUUGAAACUGACCGCGAGCUGAAGGUGAUGCACUGUAGACGCGCGCGAGGCGAGGAGGAGUGCUUGCGGAAAGUCAAGGACUAGGAAUCUCCAAUAAACAUGGUGGAUUCGCUAACAUUACUCCUGGAAAAAGUGUUCUUUCUAACUCAUCUCAAUGUGUUCAAUCUGUUCAGGGUCGGUCUAUUUUCGGACACAGAGAGACAGGGUCAAAGGGAGAAGACAGUUAAAGCUCACUGCGAGGGAGAGAGAGAGUUGGUCCCCGAUCCCUCCGCCGGCGCUGCACUCCAAGACUUCGUCUACCGUCGGGGAGACUUGCUCGAGGUUCCCCGGACUUUGUUCACUCAUUUCGGCAUCUAUUUAGGGGGCAACAGGGUGGCGCAUCUGAUUCCUGACAUCUUACCGCUUUUCAUAACGGACAAGCGUUCAAUUCAGGUGAUGGUAACGAACAAACGGUUAGUUCUCGGAGUUCUGUCUAAGACCGCCAGCAUUCGAGUGGAUACUGUGGAGGACUUUGCUUAUGGCGCGUUAAUUUUUCUGAACACUAUGGACAGUAGGAUUCAGAAACGUCCGUUGGGUGGAGAAGAGACUGCGAGGAGAGCGGAAAAACUGGUCGGGAGGAUACAGUACAGCUUGUUGUGGAAUAACUGCGAACAUUUCGUUACUUAUUGUAGGUACGGGAAGGCAAUCAGCAUUCAGACUAACAAGUUUUGUGAUUGGCUGAAAUCCAUCAUCCGGGAUCACAGAAUUGUUCCACUGACGGCGCUCCUCGGAAUACUGUCUAUCCUCUACUUGGGACUUGCUCCCCACACCGCUCUUCCCACUCUUCUCAUCCCAUUCACACUGUGGAUGGUCGGCUGAUUCUAGGAGUUCCAUAAUGGAAUGUUAACUUUAUAUUGCAUUCUGUCAGCCAGGGUCAUGGGCUAUAUACACAGACUACCUCAUGAGGCUGGUUGAGAGAAUGCAAAGAGUGUGCAGAGGUGUCACCAAGGCAAUGGCUGGCUUCUUUUGAAGAAUCUAAUCUGUUUGACACUUUUUUUGGUUUGCUACAUGAUUCCGUAUGUACUACAUCAUAGUUUUGAUGUCUUCAAUAUUAUUCUACGAUGUGGAAACCAGUAAAACUAAAGAAAUACCCUAGAAUGAGUAGGUGUCCUAACCUUUGACUGGUACUGUAUGUAUGCAUAUAAAUACAAUACAAUACACACCUAUCUCUCUGUAGAUAUAUACAUACGUAAAUACACUAUAUAUGUAUGUAUCUGUACAGUAUGUUGUUAUUUUUGACAGAAUUGGUUAAUCCAGGAAUAUUUCCAAUAGGAACGGUUCUAAGCAACAAAAAUAAAAAAUAUGUCUCAGAAUAUGGAUUAGCCCCAUAACAUAGUUUAUUUACUCAUAUGAUAAAAGGCUACAUUGUAGACUCCUCAGAUCUCACCUGAUGGCAGUGAUUACUUCCUGGAACUAAAUUCUCAAUUAGCCUAUCAGAUGGAACACAUUGUGUCAACCGACCAGAGGGCUUCCAUUAAAUAUGUUAACCCAGGGCGGCCACCAGAGGAAUGUCUAGACCUGCAGUACAAGGUUGUCUUUUGUCCCUGGUUCUGUAACAAGUGCGGUGUGUUAUAAUAUUGUCAAAAAGCUAUUAUUGACUACUUCCUGCUGUGUCUAAUUAGGAUCUGCUGAAGUGGGAAUUAUCAAGUUUUGAAAAUUGCUUGUAAUUAGUUAACCCCAUUCUCACCUUGCAAACAAAUCAACUAUUUGAAUUGGCUGAUAUGAAUUUUCAGACACAAUUUUUAAAAAUAUUUUUGGUCAUACUAUUAACCACAGAAAUACCAUUUUAGUCAUAUUGACCCGAUAACAGUUUUGGUACCCCUCUGUAGCCAUGAUUUAUUUGUAAUUAAUGUAUUUUGGUACUCUGUAGCCAUGAGUUAUUUGUACAUAAGGUAUUUUCUUACUCCUCUGUAGCCAUUAGUUAUUUGUACAUAAUGUAUUUUCUUACUCCUCUGUAGCCAUGGAUUAUUUGUACAUAAUGUAUUUUCUUAUUCCUCUGUAGCCAUUAGUUAUUUGUACAUAAUGUAUUUUGGUACUCCUCUGUAGCCAUGAGUUAUUUGUACAUAAUGUAUUUUGGUACUCCUAUGUAGCCAUGAGUUAUUUGUACAUAAUGUAUUUUGGUACUCACCUAGAACUACGCGUCAUCUGUACAUAAUAUAUUGUUUGACAAGUUAACAAGUUAAUGCUUUAUGCAGUAUUAUCAUUAAUAAAUAAAUACCUGAACAUUU